AUGUUUCUGUCUCCGGAUCGCGACCUGUCGCCCGGAUCGCCCGAUCUCGGAGGACACACCCCAGCGGUCCCCGAUCGGCCUGGGUCUCCGCGCCAUCUAGGCCCAACCGGAUCGCCCACAAUCCCCACAGGAUCGCCAGAUCGACAGCCGACCAGACCCUCGUCUCCAUCCCGAGACUCGCCAUCUAGAUCUCCGGAACGCGGGUGGUAUGCUCCUAUCGUUACAGAUCAACAUGAGUCUCUCAGUAAUCCCAGAUCGGUAGGAUCGCUCUCGACCGACGCGGAAUUAUCAGAUCGUUCUUCCGAGCCAUUCCCGCUUCCCACUCCUCCGGCGGCCCCAGAUGCGUCCAGAUCCGACAUCCCGGCCGCUAAUGAAUCUCGUGAAAGGUCUGCUCCAGCUGUGGGCGUCACCGGCUUCGUUCCCCGGGUUUCUGCCGACGACGUUCGUCUCACGAUGGCCACGAUCUCGUAUUUGUGGGAUCGAGAGGCUACCUUCUGCAGCCAAGCCGACACCAUUCAUGCGCUCCAGCAGUCCUACCGAGAUGCCGUCGCCCGGGGGGAUCGCUUACAAGACGAGCUUGAUUCGCUGUACAGAUCAGCCGCUCCUUUUGUCUCCUUCGUCCAGCGUCGAUAUGACUGGAUGCAGGGCCGCUACGUCGACGCAGUGCAUUCUUUGAGUGAUUGCAAUCGAGCUCUGCGGACAUAUCGAGAUCAAUCGGAAGAGAUUCGUCGGCUACGCACUUUGAUAUGUGCCAACGACGAGGCUCAGGGGAACUUGGAACGACAGGUGGAUGCUUUGAGGGCUCAGCUUCAUUCGCUCCAAGCCGAACUCAAUUAUCUCCGACAGCAGCGUGAUCAGCUGACCAUGGACAGGUCCUUCCUUCACAUAGAUUUUUUGCACUUGAAGGAGAAAUUGGCUCAGUCUCAGGAGGAGAUCGCAGAUGGACUGUCUUCGAUCAGCGAUCUCAUACAACAAGUGGAUGGUUUGACUCCCCUAGAGGGUUAG